AUGAAUGUAAUCGGUCAAUACUUUGUCGUAGCAGUUGUUCUUCGAUUAAAUUUAUGCUCAAAUGGGCAGUACUACUUAUAUGGCGAUGAUUGUCUAGAUUUUUAUGCAGCAGAUUAUACACGACCGGAUAUUAUUGCGAGGAAACAAGCCCGACAAGAGCACCAAGUAAUCCCAUAUUGUAGACGUAACCAUUUUAUCGCAAAUGAUCAGAUGAUCAUACCUGCAAAAGAGAUAACAUCAUGGCGAUUCGACGAAUUAAACAAGCGUAACAUCAGCAGUCAACAGUUAUAUAAAUGGUCCGCACAUCUGGAUUUAGUCGAAAGUUAUCAAGCGUUUCGUGAAAAUCGAACCGAUAACGAAAUUGAUGAAGCGCAGACAAUAUUCUACAAUUGUUCUCUUAAACAGAAAUUUGGUCGAUACUGUCAGUAUUCGUUAGAUGUUCAGAGACCAUUCCAAACAAUUUUAAAGGAUGUGUUCAAAAAAACCUAUUCGCUACCUUCAAAUGGUACAUGCUAUGUACACUUGAACUGCUUGCGCAAUAAUGUUUCAUGGUGUCUCGAUUGGAGUGAUGUAUGCGAUGGCAAGCCUGAUUGUUGGCCGGAUAUUAUUGAUGAACAACACUGCGAACAACUUGAGCGGAAUGAAUGUGCAGAAGAUGAAUACCGAUGUGUCAAUGGUCAAUGUAUUCCGGAAAUCUUCUUGUUAGACGAAACUUAUGUGCCAGACUGUCUGGAUGGAACUGAUGAGCAACUAUCUGCACAUCAGAACUUUCAAAAACAUUGUUGGACAGACGGCGAUCCAUCGUUCUACUGUACAGAUAUAAAAUGUUUGCAUUGGUCUUUUUCUCUGGGCCCUGCUAGUAAUAGACACUGCGACUCCAGUUACUAUCGUGAUGCACGCGUCCGACAAUUUCCACAUGAUCUUCUCUCAUUAACCAUCAAUAAACAUAUCCAAGAAGAAUGCUGGGCUACUAUGAUUUGCCUUCUUCAAAUAAAUAGUGGAGUCAUUUCGUUGGACAACCCAUCAUAUAGUUAUUUGUUCAAUGGUAGUUGUAACAAUGUGUGUCGAGAACCUAGUAUUCCCUGCGCUCCAAGACUAGAACAGUAUUGUCCACCACUGUUCGAAUUCCCAGCUAUGUCUAUUAAUGGAUAUCAACUGCACUUCUUAUAUUCAUGGAAUCGAUCUAAUAUACUUCCAGGUCGACCCAACUAUAUCUGCUAUGAUGAAAGGCAUUGUGGCACAUCUCAAUCAAAUAUUAAGUUUGAAAAACUAAGUCAACCGUCGAUCAUUCUUUCUUGUCAGCAUCAAAAUAUUAGUAACUUUCCGAUUGGCUGGUCUGCGCAGAUUCUAUCCAUACAAAGAUAUAUAUACCAGCGAUGUUCGUUGAUGGCAAACGAACAAGAAAGUGUUUGUUUGGAAACUAAUCAGUUUCGAUGUGGUAAUAAAUGUAUUUCCAAACACCGUCUACUCGAUGAUCUUGCCGAUUGUCCAGACAACAUUGACGAACGAUACAAUGAAAGCUGUUCCUUGAUGCACAAGCACAGAUUAACAUGCUACUCCAAUUUCACAGGAAUUGAGAGGACCUACUGUCAGCCACGAACACGUAUACGACAAGGAAGACUGAAUGAAUGCAAUGCCAAAAUAAAACUUCCGCGUUUCCCUAAUCUAUGUGAUAAAAACAUGGAAUACGAAGAAGUAAUCGGUAAACAAAAGGAGACGGAUGAAACGAACUGUGAAGAAUGGCAAUGUGACAAUCAGUAUACAAGGUGUGAUGGUGUAUGGGAGUGUGACAACGGAGCAGAUGAAGCGAAAUGUUUUAAUCCUAUAUGCAAAGGGAAAGAAGGACACCCUUGUUUUCUAAUAAAUACUACGAAAUUCGUUUGUCUUCCAGUUGAAUAUGCGAAUGAUGGAAUUGUCGAUUGUCUCGGUGCGACAGAUGAACGCCAUUCAUGCAAAAGCUUGGCAGAUAACUCACUGUAUCUAUGCCGAGCAAAUGGUACUAACAAAACACAGGGGACGUUCAAGGAAAAAGCGUGUAUUAGUCGUGCACACUUAUGUGAUGGAAAUCGUGAUUGCUUGUUAGGGGACGACGAAGAUCCUUUUUUAUGCAAACAUAGUGUAAGUUCCAAUUUUGAAACUUUAUGUGGUCAUUUUGUGACGUUCGAUCGACGAGUAAGCAGUAACAACUUAAUGUGCGGCUUAGAUGGGUUUAUAAAAAAAUCUGCUUCAAUAUUCGAUAUGCCAACACGAUUUUCACUCAAUAAUCAUAGUAUUGUUUUCGCAUCACCUCUAAUAAGUAAGCAAUCCGCAGGUUCUUCACCCUUAUCACUUCUGGAAAACAUCCUUGACCAGCUGUUCUUUCCUCAGAUUGGUAACCAACAACAAACGCCACUAGCUCAAUUUCAGUGUCACGGCGGUGUACCAGUUUAUUUCCAGCAUACAGUUAGCUGUCUUUGUCCACCGCAUCCCUAUGGUUCCAAAUGUGAAUAUCAAAGACAACGUGUGAGUGUCACUCUUCAGAUCGGAGCUCCUGAAUGGCAAACUCCAUUUAACUUAGUUGUCUAUCUUCUUGAUGAUAAAGAUGAGAUCGUCAAUUCAUAUUACCAAAUAAGAUAUCUGUCCAUUCGAGACUGCAACACUAAAUUCAACUUUCAUUUACUCUAUUCUUCUCUCCCCAAAUCCACCACGACAACUUAUUCGAUUCGUAUUCAUGUCUUCGAAAUGGGAACACUCAAAUAUCGUGCAAGCUGGACAUUUCCUCUAUUAUUCUCAUUUUUGCCUGUUCAUCGUUUACCAAUUCUGUUAGUAGUGCCACCGGUUACUAUGUCGCCAAGAAGCAAUUGCCCAAUUGAUUGUCAUUCGAAACGCGGUCAAUGUGUAUCAUUUGUAAAUACAGGUGGAUCAUUUUGUCGUUGUCAAUCAGGUUGGACUGGUCCAUCAUGUACAAUUCCAUAUAAAUGCAAUUGUUCUCCAGAUUCAAUUUGCCUUGGUAUUUGGAAAAAUCGGUCCAUUUGUGUCUGUCCUAUUCAUAAGUUUGGAGAACGAUGUUAUCUAGGAAAUAAUAUAUGCGAACAAACCGGUACUAGAAAAUGUCAAAAUGGAGGUACAUGUAUUCCACGAGAUCAUCGAAUCACUGUUGAUAAACCAACGGUGUGUGCAUGCCGAGAUGGAUUUCAUGGUGACAGUUGCCAAUACAAUGAAACACGAAUUGAUAUAUCAAUUCAAAUGCCAAAUAAGAAAGAAUCGCUUUUAGUUCAUUUUAUCACUGAUAAUUUCAAGGUCUCUUUGUUUCCAUACAUUCCAACAAAAAAGUGGGGUGCACAUGAACGUGCAACUACAUUCAAACGAAUUGCACUCUAUAGAGAUAUAGUUACCAUCUAUUGGCAAAAUCCGUUUCAUCUCCUUUUUGUCGAAUAUGACCAUAACAUGUAUUUACUAUUAACUCAGCUCAAAUACACAUCAUCAGCUCAUUAUCAACUUACGUUAAAACCUGAUCGACGAUGUCCGUCCAUCCGAGAAUUACUAAAUCGUACGAUCUUCAAUUUUCCACUUCUUCGACGUGUUAAAUACUAUCAUAUUCCAUGUCAACAACAACUGGAUCUCGAAUGUUUUCACGAUGAAGAUCAGUUCAUGUGUUUAUGCACAUACGAUCAUCGAGCAAACUGUUUUACAUUCGACCAUCGUAUGAAAUAUGAUUGUUCACAGUUGAAUCAUUGCGAAAACGGUGGACAAUGCUUUCAGAAUUCUGCCAAAUGUCCGACAGCUGCCAGAUGUGCUUGUCCCAAAUGCUAUCUAGGUACUCGAUGUCAACUAUCAACUAAAGGCUUUGGCCUUCCGUUAGAUGUCAUACUCGGCUACCAGAUUCUACCCGCUCGCUCUUUUUUUCAUCAUUCCUUGCCGGUCAAAUUGAGCGCAGUAGUUACCAUUAUGAUGUUUAUAUUCGGUCUUAUCAAUGGCAUCCUCUCUACGGUCACCUUCGUACGGAAUAACUCACGCGAAGUUGGUUGUGGUAUCUAUCUUUUGACUGCUGCAGUUCUCUCGAUUUUCACUAUGGUCGUAUUUGUUUUGAAAUAUUUUUUGUUGUUCGCCACGCAGUCUCAAUGGAUUACCAAUCGUGGCUAUCUAUCGUGUCAGUGUAUAUUGAUCGAUUUUAUGCUGAAGAUAUGCUUACAAAUUGAGGAUUGGUUAUAUGCAUGCGUUGCCGUUGAACGUAUCGUGUCCGUUGCUAAAGGUGUUCAUUUCAAAAGUGAAUCUAGUCGAAAAGUAGCUAAAUGGAUUGUACUUCUUGUCUGUCUGAUUGUUAUUGGCACUUCGAUCCAAGAGCCUCUUUACCGGACUCUGAUUAUCGAUGAAGAUGAAGGAAGAACUUGGUGUGUUGUACGUUAUCCAGAUUCCAACUCAAAUCUUCUCAUUACAUUUACAUCUGUUACGACUGUUAUUCACUUUAUUAGUCCAUUUGUAGUUAAUCUACUAUCGGCUUUCGGAAUCAUCAUCAUCAUCGCUAGGCACCAAUCGAACCUUCACAAAACUGUCGCAAUGAACGAGCAUGUUCAGCGUCAACUUCGUCGACACAAGUAUCUAAUUAUCAGUCCUAUUGUACUAGUUAUUCUAGGUCUACCACGCAUUAUUCUCGCAUUUUACCUCGAAUGCCUGCAGUCAGCUUAUGAUUCAGUUAGCAUAUAUCUACUCGGAUAUUUUAUUUCGUUUUUACCAUCGAUUCUUCUUUUUGUUGCUUUCGUUUUACCUUCGAAAUUAUACAAAACAGAAUUCAAAAACUCUGUGAAGAUCCAUUGGAAACUACUUCAGCAAGUGACGUCUCAACGGAGACGCGCUUUCAUAUAA